CAAGAAAAAAAGGGGACUGCUCGCAUCACAGGCUCAGCUGACGCGGCGCUGGGAGCUCGCGGGCACAAAAAGAGGGUGCUGCAGGUGUGGAGCAGAGGUGAGACUUUAUCCAUGGAUGACCAGUCACACUCCUGUUCAGCACACUCCUGCAGUGCAGCAGCAUCAUGAUAAGCCCGCCACAGACUCUGCUCUAGCUGCUGUCUGUCUAUCGCCAUGGUGAGAGAGAGAGCUCCUGGACCUUGACUCUGUUGCCAUGGUGACCCUGUAGCAAGAACCCUAUAACUCCAAUCUGUUGCCCCGGCGAUCACAUAUAAAAACAAUUUCAAUCUGCUGCCAUGGUGACGCUGUAGACGCCUUAUCAAGUCAUAGUCAGUUGCUAUGGUGAUCCUGUAGCGAGCAGCAGUCGCCAUGGGAACGUCCAGGAUGUUCCGCAUCUUUGUCGUCCUGGGCUCGGCCUUCAUGAUCCUCCUGAUCAUCAUUUACUGGGACGAUGUCGGAGCCUCGCACCUGUACUUGCACACUCCUGUGUCGCCGGGCCCCAAGAUCCCGCAUCCCCCUCCUCACCAGGGGCCUCAGACCUCCCGGACACCGUCCUUCCUGUCCGACAUCGACGCCUUUGUAAACCAGUUCUUAGAGCCGGGAACUGGGGAGCCCACAGACCCUGCGCCACCUGAUACAAGUAACCAAUCGGAGAAAGCAGAGGAGCGGUAUAUACCGAGGCGUGAGUGGAAAAUUCACCUCACUCCAGUGGCAGCUGAGCUCCGUGAGAGACAGGAGCAGCGGCGGAAGUUGCUUCAGGAGAUGUGUGCUAACGACAGCGUGGUGUUUCCUGGCAAAAACCGUUCGUUUGACGACAUUCCCAACAGGGAGCUGGAUCACCUUAUUGUGGACGACAGGCACGGUAUCAUCUACUGCUAUGUUCCCAAGGUUGCGUGCAGUAACUGGAAGCGCAUCAUGAUAGUUCUCAGCGAAAGCCUGCUGAGGGACGGUGUUCCCCAGAGAGACCCGAUGGCCAUCCCCAGAGACCUGGUCCACAACAGCAGCAUGCACUUUACCUUUAACAAGUUCUGGAAACGUUACGGCAAGUUUGCGAGGCACCUCAUGAAGGUGAAGCUGAAGAAGUACACCAAGUUUAUUUUCGUGCGGGACCCCUUUGUGCGCCUCAUCUCGGCCUACCGCAACAAGUUCGAGCUGCGCAACGAAGACUUCUACCGGCGCUUUGCACAGGUCAUGCUGCGCCGCUACGCCAACCAGCCGACGCCCCCUGCCUCUGUGGACGAGGCGUUUGGCGUGGGCAUCCACCCCUCCUUCUCCCACUUCAUCCAGUACCUCCUGGACCCUCAGACAGAGAAGGAGAUGCCCUUUAACGAGCACUGGCGGCAGGUAUAUCGGCUUUGCCAUCCAUGUCAGAUUCAGUAUGACUUUGUGGGCCACCUGGAGACGGCGGAGGAGGAUGCCGAGCACCUACUGCGCCAGCUGCGGGUGGACAACGUGGUGGAGUUCCCCACCUCCCAUAGGAACCUCACAGCCAGCAGCUGGGAGGCUGAUUGGUUCAGCACAGUGCCUGUGGAGGCGCGGAGAGAACUCUACAAGCUGUACGAACCUGACUUCAGGCUCUUUGGCUACGACAGACCAGACUCGAUUCUCAAUGAGUGACUCGUGUUUCUACUAAACUGACCCAGGCACACACAGACAAACCGUUUUUUAUGUAAUGAGAUAAUGCUACACUCCAGCAACAGUGACACCUCCCCCUUGUUCUGGGCUUUGCAGAUGUGUUCUCCAGUCCUGUCUGUUGUUCACUGAAUGUGCACAUUAUUAGGGACGCUCCAAGGAAGCACACUGAUGAGGUGAAUCCAGGUUAACAGCCAUUAUCAAUUAUGAAAUCACAAAGAUAACAAGAAGCACACAAGUUAGAGUUGUGCAAACAGCACGUGUCCCUUACAUGUUGCACAUUCAGUGUAGUCCCUAAGGUGCUGUGUGUAACUCUGGAGAAAGAUGGCUCACUGUCGAGUCUCAUUUCUAGGUCAUCAGAUACUGUCGCUUUGGGUUGGUAGUUGGACCCAAGCAGCAACCCAAAGCGUCAGUAUCGGACAACCUGGGAAUGAGACUCAACAAUCAGCCAUCUUUCUCCAGAGUUACACACAGCGCUUCUAAGUGAGUGUCUAGCACUCGCAACGCUGAUGUCACGCCACGCCUGUCAUUUGUGACGUCACAGUCGUGCUGUGACCAACUGUGACGAUCACACAGGCUUUGUAGCAGGACGCCGAAGUGAUGUCACGGAGCCAUACUGUUUGCGAUGUCGUAGAAACCCGUUUGGUCAUGACACAAAUGCAGCGGACGGCGGGUGAUUAGUUACAACAAGGUGUUACUAGAUUAGUUUUAAAGGAAUAGUUCACCCACAAAAUGAUCAUUUGUAUGUCAGUAACUCACCCUGUGGUACGCUGAGCUGGUGAAGAAGACUAUGUUUUUGUUGCAUACCUUUACGAAGAACAGAGAAUCCAGGAACAAAAAAAAUUCUUGAUGAACUGGAGAAAAAGGAGGCCGUGUUCAACAGCACACUACUCGACUGUUUAUGCGCAAGUGUUUUACAGAGCAUACGACUAGAUUUCAAUCCGGAGAGACUUGUUUUUUGUUGCAGAAAGAAUAUUUAUUAACGUGCAAAUAAGAAUAAAAAUGAGGAAAGU